AUUUUCAGUGUUGGAAACUGUUUUACUUAUUUGUUUCUGGUUUUGGCCUCUUUCCAUUUUCAUUGGCUUUGUUCUGUGGCAUUGGUUAUAUGAUGUUACCAUUCGUAUCUCGGAUAUUUAUUGCAAUGCAUCGAAAUCAGUUUUGAAGUGAAGCAUACGAUCAGAGUGAAAUUGGAGCUGGCAUCUGGUAGCUUGAUUCUGGAAUCUGUAUGUUGAAGUCAAAGUAGAAGGUGUUUGUCUUGUUGGUUGCAACCAUGUCGCGGGGACGAACUGAUGGGGGCUCAAAGAAACGUUUGGUCACCACAGUUCUAGUUUUGGUGAUUAUUUGUGGUGGACUGUACAUGUAUACUAAAAGAAAUGGUUCCACCGCACUGGAGUAUAGCAGUAAAAUAAGAAAAUUUGGUUCCACUUACUUGGGUGGGGAUGAAGAGGCUGAUGAGACACCUACCAAACUUGGUGAAGAUGAAGAUGAUGGUGUUGUACUGAAGAGCAUACCUGUUUGUGAUGAUAGACAUUCAGAAUUAAUUCCUUGCUUAGACCGAAACCUUAUUUACCAGACAAGGUUGAAGUUGGAUCUAUCUUUGAUGGAACAUUAUGAGAGGCACUGCCCCGCGCCUGAAAAGCGAUUUAACUGUUUAAUUCCUCCCCCACCUGGAUACAAGAUCCCCAUCAAGUGGCCUAAAAGCAGAGAUGAGGUAUGGAAAGCAAAUAUACCUCACACUCACCUUGCAAAAGAGAAGUCUGACCAAAAGUGGAUGGUUGUCAAAGGUGAAAAGAUUGGAUUUCCUGGAGGAGGUACUCACUUUCAUUAUGGAGCUGAUAAGUACAUCGCAGCAAUGGCCAAUAUGCUCAACUUUCCUAAUAACAUUUUAAACAAUGGUGGAAAUCUUCGGACGUUCCUUGAUGUUGGCUGUGGUGUUGCUAGUUUUGGAGGUUACCUGCUAUCUUCAGAUAUCAUUACAAUGUCCUUGGCACCUAAUGAUGUCCAUCAAAAUCAGAUCCAAUUUGCUUUGGAAAGAGGAAUUCCUGCAUAUCUUGGUGUUCUAGGAACAAAGAGACUCCCUUAUCCAAGUCGAUCUUUUGAACUGGCACAUUGUUCUCGCUGUAGGAUUGAUUGGCUUCAAAGAGAUGGGAUACUUCUCCUUGAGCUAGAUAGGGUGCUCAGACCAGGAGGCUAUUUUGCCUACUCAUCUCCUGAAGCCUAUGCCCAGGAUGAGGAGGAUCUGAGAAUUUGGAAGGAGAUGAGUGCCCUUGUGGAACGGAUGUGUUGGAAAAUAGCUGCGAAAAGGAACCAAACCGUUAUCUGGGUCAAGCCCCUCACUAAUGAUUGCUACAUGUCAAGAGAGCCUGGAACUCAACCUCCCCUUUGUAGAUCGGAUGCUGAUCCAGAUGCCACCUGGGAUGUGAAAAUGGAGGCAUGCAUCACGCCAUACACUGAACAAAUUCAGACUGCAAGAGGAAGUGGUCUGGCCCCUUGGCCUGCUAGACUGACAACACCUCCUCCCCGUCUUGCUGACUUGCACGUUUCUACUGAUGCAUUUGAAAAGGAUUUGGAAGUAUGGCAACAACGAGUUGACAAUUACUGGAAUCUUUUGAGCUCAAAGAUUAAUGCUGACUCAGUGAGGAACGUGAUGGACAUGAAGGCAAACAUGGGUUCAUUUGCAGCUUCUUUGAGGAACAAACCUGUUUGGGUUAUGAAUGUGGUGACAGAAGACGGACCUAACACACUGAAAAUAAUAUACGACAGAGGGCUAAUAGGCUCAAUACAUAGCUGGUGUGAAGCCUACUCAACCUACCCAAGAACUUAUGAUCUACUUCAUGCUUGGACUGUGUUCUCUGAUAUUGAAAGGAAAGGAUGUAGUGCCGUUGACUUGAUGAUUGAGAUGGACCGCAUCCUCCGGCCCAAGGGUUUCAUCAUUGUCCGUGAUAAGCCGAAGGUGGUGGAGUACAUUAAAAAAUACAUCAAGGCAUUACACUGGGAAACAGUGGCUGGUGCGGAAGCAGAGCAAGAUGAGGAUGAUGUAGUUUUCAUUAUUCAGAAAAAGAUUUGGCGUACAAGCGAGAGCUUUAGGGAGGUAGAGUAGCAUAAUAUGUUCCUGAAAUUCCACACACGAUGGUGGUUUAAUUUAUAAUUUUUUUGCAUUUGCUCGUUUAGUUUAUUUCUUCUAUUUUCAAUUUUCUCGUCCUUUACAUCACACAUUGUUUUGAUUAAAUAUAUAAUUCAUUUGGAAAAUGUAA